AUGGCCAUCAACUUCUUCGUCUUCCUCUUGUUUCCCUUACUCCUCAUGUUUCACUCUGGUGAAAGUGAGCUGCAGUUAAAUUACUACUCGAGCAGUUGCCCUAGAGCCGAGGAAAUAGUCAAAGAAGAAGUCACAAAACUCUUCCAGCGACGUGAUAACACUGCUAUUUCUUGGCUUAGAUUUCUCUUUCACGACUGUAUGGUUAAGUCAUGCGAUGCGUCAUUCUUGUUGACCAAGGGUGAGGGAAUGGAACCAGAGAAGGAGUCCCCGAGGAGCUUUGGUAUAAGAGAUUUCAGGUUUCUCAAUCAAAUCAAAGAAGCCGUAGAGAAGGAAUGCCCAUCCACUGUGUCUUGCGCUGAUACUCUUGCCCUUUCUGCCAGAGAAGCUAUUGUCUUGUUAGGAGGAACACGCAUAGACAUGAGACUGGGACGAAGGGACACCCUGCAAAAUCAUGCAAAGGAGAUUGAAGAUUAUAUACCAAAUCACAACGACUCCUUGACCUUGGUGCUUUCCCGUUUCCAAUCUAUCGGCAUUGAUGCUGAAAGAACAGUUGCUCUUUUAGGAGCUCACUCUGUUGGUCGAGUUCACUGUGUGAACCUGGUGCACAGGCUCUACCCAACAGUGGAUCCGACGUUGGACCCAGAACAUGCUGAAUACCUUAAAAGGCGGUGCCGAGAUCCGAGCCCAGGUCGGAAGGCAGUGCAAUAUGCAAGGAAUGAUCUUGAAACGCCAUUUGUCAUUGAUAACAAUUACCACAAGAACCUCUUAAAGCAGAAGGGACUAUUAGUGAUAGAUCAACAAUUGGCUUCGGAUCCAACCACGCUUCCCUUUGUUGAGAAGAUGGCUUCGAAUGAUAGUUACUUCCAUGAACAAUUUGCAAGAGCCAUUCUCCUGUUAUCAGAGAAUAAUCCACUUCCAAGUGACCAAGGAGAGAUCAGAAAGGAUUGCCGCUACGUCAACAACGAGUAA